AACUCUCCUUCACUAUACAACACAGUUUAAAGAGCACUCAAACACUUAUCCCUUGUUCAUUUCAAUCCAUAGCCAGCCAGCCAGCCAUUCAUGGCUUCCUCUCCCAAAUUACUCACUUCUAUACUCCUUCUCAGUCUUCUACUCAUUCAAAUCCAUGCAAGAGAAAGCAAGUACUUCUUCAGCAAAGUACCCAACAAUAAUGUUGACAACUUUGAUGCCAAAGAAACCCAAUUGCCCAACAACAAAAUUGAUCCUUUGACAAAUCCAGAAAAAACCACCACUACCCCACAAGACCAAGAGCCCAAUUUCAUCCCUCAAACUCAAGACAACAGCUACGGUCUCUACGGUCACGAAUCCGGUCAGCUCCCCCCUAAUUCCGACAACAAAUUCUCCGGUGGCGGCCGGCCCUUUACCACCACCACCACCACCUACGACAACAACAACUACUACAGAAACGACGCCGUUCCUAACAACAAACCGGAAUCAGAAGAGUACUACAACUACAACAACAACGACUACAACGAGUAUUUCGAAAAUAGCAAGUCGAAGCCGUACGAGAAUUCGUUUUACUAUAACAAGGAUCUUUACGACAACGGACAACAAAGCUUCCAAAACACCCGCCUGUCGCAAGAUGAUUACACAACUCCUUUAUACGACCAAGGAAAAUACGACAAUUUCUAUAGCAACAACAACGGCCGCGGCAGCAGCAACAACAAUGAUAAUGGGAAUAAUGUGGUGCGACAAGGGAUGAGCGACACGAGAUUCAUGGAGAAUGGAAAAUACUAUUAUGACCUCAACAGGGAGCCACACCAUUAUAGCAGAUCCAGGGGCUAUUUCGGAAACAACAACAACAACAACCCCAACACAUACGAGUACGGUAAUUCCAUGGGAAGGUACCAGAAUCAAAAUGAUGAAGCGGAAUUCCAGGAGGAACCCAAUGAGUUCGUGCCAUAAAUUUCUGUCCACUUCUAAAUUAAGAUAAAUCAUAUAUUUAGUUGUGCAUGCGAAUUAUAUAUCUUUUUUUUUUCUCCUCCUACUUACGUUUGCUUUAUUAUUCACUUCAUAUUUAAUUGUGCUUUCUCUUCAGAAAAUUACCAAAAACGUCCGUCCAUCAAAGAUUAAAUUAUAUAUUUUUACUUUUUAGUGUCUGCUUUUUACUUAUAUAUAUUGUGGUAAGUGGUAACUUGUUUAUCUUUUGUUUUGGGGUCUGGAACAAAAUGAAUAUAUAAAAUGGUAUACAAGUGUUUUGCCUUUCAUUA